ACUCUUUUUCCCCCAUAUUCACAAUAAAAUAUCCACCCACCCAGCACUCUGUUUGAAUGCAUGUUUGCAGGUAUUCUGUUUUCAGAAAUAAACACUAAAGAACACUUUUCAAAGAUUUAUUUCAAACCAUACACAAACUUCUCACACUGAACAUGUGUGUUGAACUGUAAAGAUCAGCUGUUCAAUGUCUAUUUCCCAUAUGGUCUGUAGCAAAUGUCUUUUAUGCCUUUUUGAAGGCACUCGUCACAUACUUCAAUAACUGUUUUAAAUCUUUUUCUCAGAUCUGGUUUAACACAGAGUCUUUAAGACAAUAUGGACAAAUGUCUGUUCUUCCAAGUCCACUGCUAUAGAGGUUUUCGACCCACGUGACCGUUGCCAUGUCAACAAGUAGCCGGCGCCAUUUUGACGGUCACAAAUAUGGCGACUACCGGUAACGAUACACUGUUGAUCAUGACGAAGUCUCAUUGUCGAGUAUUUUAUCCGGCCUAGAUGAUGCGAGUAAGAAGCGAUAUCACCAGAAAAUCAAUGAUGCUGGUGUACGUGAUCCAUACAUGUUACCAGGCUAUCUUUUUCUGGCUUUGCAGUGCUGCAGCGCGGGUGAUCUUCCUGACCUGCAGUCAGGCGUGUGGGAAAUACCAGGGAAAAAACAUAAAAGAAAAAGGAGCGAGAUGCAGAAAACACCUUCACUAUCCAGCGACGUAGGGCAUUUACAGGGCGAGCAGAGGGAGAGGUAUUUGCAAAAAUUGAGGUUAGCAGGCUUAGAGAACGACGUUUACCUGCUUCCACCAGGAUUGUUCACUGACAGCUAAGCCAUGCAGACUGUACUUGAAAACAAAGUCUUCCUUAUGAACACCCUGUCUGCUGAUGCCAGCUUCAUCUUACAGUAUGUCCAACAGGAUGAGAUCAUCACAUCACGUGAAUACAACAAUCUUAACCAUCCUCACCACACAUGGGAGAAAAUUGUCACUAACCUUCUGGACACUGUGAUAAGAAAGGGUAACAAGACGUGUUGCAAAUUUGUGGAUCUCUUGCAGAAAAAAGAGAUUCAGGACACUUUCCCUUUACUGAAGCAAUUUUUCAUGCCUACAGCUACAUCAUACAACCAGGAUGAGCCAAUCCAAGCAGCAGCCAGUGCGAUUGCUGAAUACAAAUUCUCCAGCAUACCUCGUGGUUUCUGCAUAAUCAUUAACAAUGUGCAUUUUCAGCCACCCUACAAAGACCGCUACGGCGCUGAUUCGGAUGGAGAGUCUCUUCAAGAGGUGUUCAAGUGGCUGGGUUUCAGUGUGAGCGUGUACAAAAACAAAACCUCAGAAGAGAUGAAGGACCUGCUGAAGAUGUUCAGCAACAAACACCAUGAUGGUGACUGCUUUGUCUGCUGCAUUUUGAGCCAUGGCACCAUUGACGGGGUGUGUGGCAUAGAUGGAGCCACCAUCUCCAGAGAUGACAUCUUUUGCCCAUUCAGUGGAAAUUCUUGUCCGAGUCUAGUCAGUAAACCCAAAGUGUUUUUCAUCCAAGCUUGCCGUGGAAAAGAGCAUCAUCCCGCUGCUGAAGUCCAGUCUGAUAACAAUGAGGACAUGGAAACGGAAGAUGAAGCAUCAUUAGAGACAGAUGCUGUUCAGAUGAUCACCUUACCAGAUGAUGCAGAUUUCCUUGUGGCGAGAUCGACCAUUAAAGGAUACGUAUCAUUCAGGGACACAAUUAAUGGCUCUUGGUUCAUCCAGUCCUUGUGUCAGCAACUAAGAACGUACUGCCCAAUGGGUGAGGAUGUCCAGACUAUCCUGCUGCGUGUCAAUGAAGAGAUCAGUAAAAAAACAUGCCGAUACAAUGAAAAGGGCACUGUAAAGAUCAUUAAACAGAUGCCCAUCCAUAAAGUGACCUUGAGGAAGAAGCUGGUGUUCCGUGGGCCAAAUCAGCAGUAGAACAUGUUUAUAAUGAGCAUUUCCUAAUGAGCAUUCCACAGGCAGCCACCUGUUUUCAAGUUUCAAGGUUUAUUGUUUUUGUCAAAUGCAAAAAAAAAAAAAAAUUGUACUAGCCCCAUUUUUAGCAAAUUCUUUGUUUUAUUGAUGAGAGUUUAGAGUAAAUGUAAAGUGUGCUGUAGCCGAAGUAUGUAUAAUGUAAGAAAGCAAUAUCAAUAAUUUUUGAACUCUAUAUUUUCUUGUCAUUUUUUUAAACUUUUUUUAUUUGUAUAUGAAAAAAAACACGUAUCGCUAAAGAACUAUUCUCAAAAUGGACAAGUAAAUGCAUGUGAAUUGAACUGAUUUUGUUUUACAGAGUAAUAAAGCUCAUCUGCUAAAACA